UCCUCACAGCAAUUCUGGAAAACAGAUCGUUCAAUUCAAAAUUAGCUCCUUCAACCAAACUGUGUAAUCCUCAGGGGACUGUUGGAUUCGUGAAGUUUUAAUAUCAAUACCUAGAUUCUUCUUUCAAAGUUCAAUGAAUAGGUGGACUAAAAGGGUUUCGACAUAAGACACCGCUGAAACAAAGAAACCUUAAAUUGGUUAAUGGGAGGCGUUGGCGGAUUUAUAUAGGAUGAAACAGUUGCAUUGUAGUUACAACACGAUAGUUGGUGCUCUUUGUCGAGUUGGGAAGUUUAUAAGUGAGGGUUAUUACAGUGCUGCUGUUAAUGAGAUUGACAGGGCUGUUGAAAUGAUGUGCAAAAUGAAGUUGAUGAAUCAUGGGAUACCCACAACAACGUCCUACACACUGAUCAUUCAUGCUCUGUGUGACGCUAGAAGGGUGCUGGAAGCACAAGAUUUUAUUGUUUUCGGAUGAACGAUGGAGAGGGAUCCAGGAACUGGUCAAAUUAGGUGUAAACAAAGGACAGAUGCCUGUUUAAGGGAUACAGCCUUGAAUCUAACCUUGAAUCAUUUUAUGAACUCUGGUCAUGCUGAAGGAGAUGCAGUCACAUUCCAUGUGCGCAACAAAUGCACAUUCCCUUUAUGGCCAGCAACUGCCUCAAAUGUAGGGCAUCCGAUAAUAGCUGAUGGCGGUUUCUUUCUUCCAUCAGGCCAGACAAAACGCAUCCAAGCUCCCCCAACAUGGAAUGGACGGAUAUGGGCAAGAACUGGGUGUGACUUCACUUCUACCUCUAACACGAAACCUUGUUGUCAAACUGGUGACUGUGGAGGAAAAAUCGCUUGUAAUGGGAACAUAGGACUGCCCCCUGCUACCCUUGUGCAGGUUACCCUGCAACCAGGUAACAAACCUAGUUUCUAUGAUGUAAGUUUGGUUGACGGCUACAACGUCCCAAUCUCCGUCUCUGCUAAAUCAAAGGCUUCCAAUUGUUAUAUUGGCGGAUGCUUAAAAGAUCUGAACAAGAUUUGCCCACAAGAGCUUCAAGUGUUAAAUGGCGACAGAAAGGUGGUAGCUUGCAAAAGUGCGUGUUUGGCAUACAAUGUUGACAUAUUCUGUUGCAGAAAUGCUUAUGGAAAUCCUAACAAGUGCAAACCAAACAUGUAUUCCAACAUGUUCAAACAUGCUUGCCCGUCUUACUACAGUUAUGCUUUUGAUUCGCCUCCGCCAUUGGUAAGUUGUACCUCUAACGAGUAUAUCAUAACUUUCUGCCCUGACGGAUGGGGUUCUGAACACGUUUCAGCUUAGUUCAGCAGGAUAGGGUCUCAUGACUCUCAUGCCCGACUUGCCAUUGAACUUCAAGCGAUUUAGGCAACUUGAGUUCUAAACUACCCGUCAUGUUUUGUAUUUUGUGUUUUAGUCGAUGUCUUAAAUAAAGUAGGAAAUACCAAUAGGUCCUAGUAAAGGACCAAACGAUAUUUUCCCCUUAAAUAAAAUAGUUCACAGCAACUUACUUUAUAUGUUGCAACUGUUGUUUUA